AUGAAUGUUUAUGAGCACAUUAUUAGUAAUGGAUUUCUAAAAGGAUAUGUUACUUGGAUCUUUCAUGGUGAACAAGUUGGCCCAUCUAGUUCUUUAGAUACAUCCCAAGUGGAAGGGGAGUUUGAUCAUGAUAUGGAUACAUUGGUUCAUGAUGCAUUCACAAUGCAUGCAACUAAUGAGAGUAAUGACACAGAUAUAAAUAUGGAGGAUGGAGAUUCUAGAGAAUUAAUGAAUGGACCUAGUGUUCAACAAUCUGAAGACAAUAAUAAUUCAGAAAAGUUCUAUCAGAUGUUAAGGGAGGCAGAGCAAAGUCUUUAUAAAGGUUGUAAGAAGUUUACAAAAUUGUCAUUCCUUGUACAUUUGUAUCACUUAAAGUGUCUAAAUGGGUGGACUGAUAAAAGUUUUUCGAUGUUGUUAGAGCUGUUAAGUGAUGCAUUACCAGAGGAAAAUACUUUGCCCAAAUCAUUUUAUGAUACAAAAAAGAUUAUUUCAGGGUUGGGUCUAUCUUAUGAAAAAAUUCAUGUUUGUCCCAAUGAAUGCAUAUUGUAUAGGAAGGAUUUGGCUGAUGCUGAAAUUUGCCCUAAAUGCAAUUUGUCAAGAUGGAAAUAUAACUCUAAUGAUGUUGAAUGUAGAAAAAAGAUACCAGCAAAGAUUCUUCGUUGGUUCCCUCUUAUACCUAGAUUGCAAAGACUUUUUGUAUCGCCAAAAACAGCUUGUUCUAUGAUAUGGCAUGAGGUUGGUCGUACUAAAGAUGGACUCCUGAGGCAUCUAGCUGAUUCAUUUGCUUGGAAGAAUUUUGAUUGUCAGUAUCCUGAUUUUGCUUGUGACGCUCGUAAUGUUCGACUAGGUUUGGCUACUGAUGGCUUUAAUCCUUUCAAAACUAUGGCAAUUUCCCAUAGCACUUGGCCUGUUAUCUUGAUUCCGUACAAUCUUCCUCCAUGGAUGUGUAUGAAGCAACCUAAUUUUAUACUUUCAUUGCUUAUUCCUGGUCCAAAAGGUCCAGGUAUGAACCUUGAUGUUUAUAUGCAGCCUCUUGUGGAAGAAUUAAAGGAAUUAUGGGAAAUUGGGGUAAAAACGUUUGAUGCAUGUAAAAAAGAGUCAUUCCAAAUGCGUGCUGCAAUUAUGUGGACUAUUAAUGAUUUUCCUGCUUAUGCAAAUUUGUUUGGUUGGAGCACUAGAGGCCAAUAUGCUUGUCCAUGUUGUGGUUUUGAGAUUGGCUCAAAGUGGUUGCGUUAUGGUAGAAAGUUUUGCUAUAUGUGUCAUCGUCGUUGGUUAGAGCCCGAUCAUAAGUGGAGAUACAAUAAAAGAGAUUUUGAUGGAACCCAGGAGUUUAGAGCUCCACCUGAUCUACCUAGUGGAGCUUUUUCUUUGAGACAGAUGGAAUAUCAUGGAGUUGGGGAUUGGUCACCAUGGAAAAAGAGAAGUAUUUUGUUCACAUUGCCUUAUUGGCAACAUAGUGUGCUCCGUCAUAAUCUUGAUGUUAUGCACAUAGAAAAGAAUGCGUGUGAUAACAUUAUUGGGAUGUUGUUACAAUUAGAAGUGAAGGAACACAAAAUAUCCGGUCUCAAAAGUUAUGAUUGCAUUCUUUUAAUGCAAGAGUUUCUUCCUAUAGCUAUGAAAGGUUGUUUGCCAGACAAAGUGAGUUUAGCUAUAUCCGAUCUUUGUUGUUUCUUCAAGGAGUUGUGUGGCAAGGUGCUUAAUGAGAGUAAUUUAGAGCACCUAGAGCAUCAAGUAGCUCUAACAUUAUGCCAAUUAGAACAGAUUUUUCCUCCAUCUUUUUUCACCGUAAUGGUACAUUUGGUAAUCCAUUUGGCACAUGAAGCAAGAGUUGGAGGACCUGUACAUUACCGAUGGAUGUAUCCUAUUGAAAGGUUCCUUUUGACUCUAAAGUCAUUUGUUCGUAAUCGAGCACAUCCAGAAGGAUCUAUUGCAGAAGGAUAUUUAGCUCAUGAAUGCUUGAUAUUUUGUUCAAGAUAUCUAUCUAGGGUGGAGACUCAUUUUAAUCAAUUUGCUCGAAAUGAUGACUCAUGUUUUGUGGAAAAUGUAAGUGUUUUAAAUCCUAGAGGUAGACCAUUGGGGAGAAAGAAGCAAGUUGGAUUCAAUGUGAAGAAGAGAAAAAGAGCUUCUCGGAUUUCUCUUGAUAAGAAAGCAUUGGUUCAAGCACAUAGAUAUGUGCUUUUCAAUAGCAACAAUGUUGACCACUUUCGAAAAGCCCAUACUGAUCUUAUCAAGAGACAAAAUCGUCGAUUAUCUCCAUAUGAAGUUGACAAAAUUCAUAGUAAAGAAUUUCCAGAUUGGUUCCGUGAAAGAGUUGCACGAUUGGAAGAGCAAGACAGCACUCUAGUGACAAAUGAUAUCAAGUGGUUAGCUCGUGGUCCACUAGAAAUAGUGAGAAGAUAUAGCGGGUACAUUGUUAAUGGAGUUAGAUUUCAUACAAAGACACGUGAAAGGUGCUUGAAGACUCAAAACAGUGGCAUUGUUGUAACUGUUAAGACAUUAAGUUAUGCCAGUUCAAGAGAUAAAAACCCAAAGGAGGGAGAAAUCCACUACUAUGGUGCACUAACAGAUAUAAUUCAAUUGGAUUAUUCUGGAAAAUAUAAGGCUAUACUUUUCAAGUGUGAUUGGGUUGAUAUAAACAGGGGUUGCAAAAUUGAUAACUUCGGUAUGACAUUAGUGAAUUUCAAUUAUUUGCAACAUACAGGGAAUGAUAUAUGUGACGAUCCAUUUGUUUUUGCAUCUCAAGCUAAGAAAGUAUUUUAUGUGGAGAAUAAAACACAAAAUGGUUGGCUUGUUGUUGUGCAUGCUAAAAUCAGAGAUGUAUAUGAUAUGGGUGAUGAGCAAUCCAAUGACACGGAUCAAGGGAAUGAACAAGUCUUACAAGAGAUAAAUCAUAAUGAUUUGAUCAGACCAGAAGCCGAUGAUAGUGAUGAUAUCAUUGAAGUUACAAUACCUAUGGAGAACAUUUUACCACAUGACAAGGAUGAUAAUUAUAUAGAUGGUGAUGAGAGCGAUGCAGACUUCUUUUGA